AUGGCAACCUACCUGGGUUUCAAUCCAUUAUCUUCAGAAGUACACAAGAAAUGCUAUAAAAAUGGUACCUGCAGGUAUGAGUGCUACGGAAGUGAGAUGUUAGUUGCCUACUGUAUGUACAAGCUGGAGUGCUGUGUCACAGGAGACCCUGGGCCCUGA